AUGUUGACCAGCCUGCCGCUAGUAAACAGCUCCGUCACGUCACAGAAUUACCUGCCGCCAGACCCCUCAGCUUCUGCGCUGGGGCAGCGAGACAGCCCACCGCCCACCAACCGUCCACACAGUCGAUGGCAGGCAGCCCUGGAGUGGGGCCGGACGGCCGCCGCCUCGUCGGCGCGGCUCCCCGCGGGGACGUAUCGGGCGCGCCUCGACAAUCAGCGAGCACAAUGGCGCCGCCAGAUGAGCGCGUGGCACGCCGCCACAUCGACCGGCGCGGCGUCCACUGGCGUCGCGGCGCCCGGCGUCGGGAGGCUACUCGGCCGACCUCCACAGAACCCAGAGGAGGGAUCAAGUAGCAACAGCACUGUAGAAGACACAGUAAACAACAUCCAGCCAGAGGAUGGCUGCGACACAAAAGACCCUGAGAAAAAGGCCAAGAAGAACGUUAACCGCUGCGCAGUCUGUAACAGGAAGGUUGGUCUCACAGGUUUCUUGUGCCGGUGCGGAGGCCUGUUCUGUGCCGUCCACCGCUACAGCGACAAGCACCAGUGCACAUUCGACUACCGCGAGAUGGGCGCCGAAGAGAUACGCCGAAACAACCCCGUCGUCGUUGGAGAGAAGGUCAAGAAGAUCUGA